GUGAGGGGCGGGAGUGGAGCUGGAGCACGGCCGCUUGCCCGGUCACAGCCGCAGCCCCGGGUGGCGGGAUGGCGAGCUCGCUGCGCUGCCCCGAAUGCGGCUCUGCCGCCGUGGAGGAAGACGCUCACUACAGCCAGAGCCACCUGGUGUGCACCGACUGCGGCUGCCUGUUGUCUGAGGGCCUGCUCACCACCGCCCGCUCCGAGGAGGCCUUCCUGCAGGCUGUGAGAUACACGGACAGCACAGCUGAAGUGAGAAAGCCCUGCCGUAAUAAGUUGCAAGGUAUGAGGCGUGUGCGUGACUUGUGCCAGAUCCUGCGUCUGCGGCCCGUGCUACAGGACUCGGCCAGCGAGCUGUACAGCCGUGCCUACGACCACCCCGACUUCCUGCACCUGGGCCUGGACAAGAAGGAGGCCCUAGUGGGUUGCUGCGUCCAGGUGUCCUGCCGCCAACACAACUGGCCUCUGACUAUGGGCACCCUCUGCUCCCUCCUCCACGUGCCACCCCCCCUCUUCUCCGCUGUCUUCCUGCAGCUCAUCAAGGAUCUGCAGCUCGACAUUCCCAGCCUCUGCCUGCAUGACCUGGUGAAGACACACUGUGAUGGGUUACAGCUGUUCCAGAAUUCUGGUCGGGUGCCCGCUGUGUACGUGGAGGACAAGGACAAGCUGGUGCAGCGGGCACUGCAGCUGGUGGAGUUGGCGGCUGAGACGUGGCUGGUGACAGGCAGACACCCGGUGCCCAUCCUCACGGCCGCGGCAUAUCUGUCGUGGCAGUCGCUGCAGCCGGUGCAGCGCCUGAGCUGUAGCCUGGGCCGCUUCUGCCGGAUGGCAGGGAUCGGCCUGCCGCCCCCUGCCCCCCAGCGGGUGCGGGAGAUGACCGGAGUGCUGGCCACACUGGCCGCACAGCUGCCCUGGCUGCCAACUCAGACGGUCGACGCCAGGACCGCCGUGAAGUAUGCCGGCGAUGUUCUCCGCCACCGCGACUUGCUCCUUCGCCGGACACUGGACCGCGCUGGGGCCGAAUACAAGUGUGGGGAAGGGGGCAGCAGCGACCUCCAACAGCAACUAUGCCAGGCACAGGGAGACAAGAGCGGCAGUGGGCACCAGUCCCAACCUUGCCAGGUACAGGGAGAUGAGGGCAUCAGUGGGCACCAGUCCCAACAAUGCCGGGCACAGGGAGAUGAGGGCAUCAGUGGGCACCAGUCCCAACCUUGCCAGGUACAGGGAGAUGAGGGCAUCAGUGGGCACCAGUCCCAACAAUGCCAGGCACAGGGAGAUGAUGGCAUCAGUGGGCACCAGUCCCAACUGUGCCAGGUACACAGUGAGGGCAACAGUGAGGUUAUGCAUGUUAGUUAUGAACAGGACGGGGGCAACAAUAGCCACCAACAGGAGCCGUGCCGGGUACAGGGUGACGAUGGCAACAGCGGGGUUAAGCAAUGGGUCAGUCAAGCACAGGGCAAGGGCAGCAGCAAGCUCCAACAGCAGCCAUGCCAGGCACAAGGAGAAGUGGGCAAUAGCAGGCUCCAGCCCCUGCCAUGCCAGGCACAGGGAGACAAGGGCAACAAUGGCCACCAACUGCAGCCGUGCUGGGCACAGGGAGAUGAGGGCAGCAGUGAAGUUCAGCAGUGGGUGAACCGGGCACACCCAGAGUCCAGCAGCGGGCACCAGCAGCAGAGCCAGGCCCGGGAACCAGGCGCCAGCCAGAAACACUCAGCUCCGGUGUUCCUGCCUCCGUGCCUCACACAAACCAAGAGACGACGUUUCAGGCGGGAAUCGGAGGGGAGCUGCAGCGGUCCCAUAGUCACGGGAGAGGAGGAGAUAUCGGACAGUGAGAUUGAGCAAUACCUGCGGACACCCGACGAAGUUGCAGCCUUCCAGGCAGCAAAUGCCAUCCUUACCCAGUGACCUGCUGCCCGGCCCGACCCGUCCUGGGUCCCUGCGCUGGCACAUGCCUACUGCUCCUUCCUGGGCAAAUGGCGCCUCGACUCACGGGGAACAAUGUGCUCUGCCUGUGCUUUCACUGACUGGCUAGUUGACACUUUGACUGAUAUCUCACUGGGACGGGCUGGUGCAGAGGGCAUCUGUACCCAGGAGCUGGCUCUCAGUGCCCCGUCCAUGGGUCUGUGACUUCCAUUGCCCUGUGCUGCAAUGUCUACUAGAACUGCAUCUCCAUCCGUCUCAAGAAUGGCCCCGACCCAAAAUAUUGUGUAUUUCCUUCAACAGAUGCUGCUGGACCCGGUGAGUUCCUCCAGCAGGUGAUCUCUUGAGCAACACCUCAUUGUUCAACGGUUCUGCCCCAGGGUUUACUGCACACCCUGACUGACAACAUUAAACCAGACACAUUAGUGUUCAUUUCACCUGUGCUUAUUCUCUAUCUGAUGCUAUUCAGAGAUAGACACAAAAUGCUGGAGUAAC